UAUCAAUAACUUUGCCAAUAUCACGUCAGCUACAAAAUCCAGAUUUAGAUUUAACAAAGUGUAUUGAAAUGAUAAAUAUUGUGUUGGUUGCUUUUAAAAAUAACAGAGAAGAUACAAAAUUCACUGCUAUUUUUAAUCGAGCUGUGUCUAAAGCAGGUGUGUUAAAUAUUGAUGUUAAAAUUCCACGGAUAUGUAAAAGACAAGCUCACCGAUAAAAUUUCACUACUUCAAGUACUGAAGAAUAUUUUAAAGUUACAGUUUAUUUCACAGUUUUAGAUAAUUUUAUAACGUCUAUUCAAACUAUGUUAUUGGACAAUCAAAAUAAUAUAGUGUUUAAAAUACAACAACUUAUACCAAAUUACUUAAAUGCUCAUUCUGAAGAGGAAAUUUUAAAAGGUGCAUCUUUCUAUGAAUCAGAUUUACCAGGAACACUUAACGAAUUAAAAGCUGAAAUCAUGAUGUGGCAGUUACAUUGGGCUAAACAAACAGAAAAAAAAUCAAAAAUCAUCACGGCUAUGGAAGCAUUUAAAGAGACUGAAGGUGGAUAUUUCCCAAACAUACGACAACUAUUACUUAUUCUUGCUGUAUUACCUGUAACAACAUCAACAAGUGAGAGAUCUUUUUCUACCUUAAAAAGAAUCAAAUCGUAUUUGAGAACUACAAUGGAAGAAAAUCGUUUGAAUGGGUUAUCAUUAUUAAAUAUUCAUUAUCAAAUUGAUAUAAAACCAGAAGAAGUAAUAGAUUUGUUUGCCAAACAACAUUCGAGACGUUUACAAUUUUGUCUAUAAAACACUACUUUUAAUUAUAUUUUUUUUUAUAUACAAAUAUUUUUAAUUUUAAUACUUUUUUAUGUGCAUACACUUAUAUAAUACAUUAUACAUAAUUAUACAUUUUAAAAUACUAUUAUACUAAUACAAGUGUUUUUAUAAAAAUAUGUACUAAUGUAAAAAAAAAUAAUGGGCCCCCCCCCAA